AUGUUAUUGGGAAUAAGAAAAUCAACCUUAUACAAAUGGCAAGUAGGGGAUGGAACUCGUAUCAAUAUUUGGAAAUCAAAUUGGAUCCCUAAUAUGAAAUAUUGUAUCCAAGAGUGGGAUGAGCUGAAUACUCAUAGUCAUCAAUGGGUUACCGAGCUUAUUGAUUCACAUACUGCACAAUGGAAUAUUUCUCUUCUUCGACAACUGUUUCAUCCAGAUCAGGAGAAUGCAAUUCUAACUAUUCUUGUUCAAUUAGAUCAGCAAGAUACUUUAGUCUGGCCUUUCACUGUUACUAGUGUUUUUACCACUGCUUCAACAUACAAGUUGCUAUGUGAAAAAGAUAUGCUUCCUGAUGCUUUUAUGGGACUAACUCCUCAAUUUUGCAAUUCUUUGCUAGCUGGUAUUGGAAUUAUAAUUCGAAAUCAUGUAGGAGCAUAUGUUCUGGGAAGGGCAACAGUAAAAAGAGAAAUCAACAUACAUCAGGCAGAAGCUUGGGCUUUACUGGAAGCUAUGGAAAUGGCGAAAGUUAAUGGUUGGUCUCAUGUUAUAUAUGAAACAGAUAAUCUUGCUGCUGCAGAUGCUUUAGCUGAGGCAGCCCGUAAACAUAAUUUGUUUGGCGAAUGGUGGUUUCAUCCACCUGCUAUGUUAGUUUCUCACAUAGCUCAUGAUUACUGGAUGAGUAUUAUGUUCAAUCGUAGAAUCAUUGGGACAGUAAAUGAUCUUGCCACAGGGUGGGGAAACAUGGGUGGUGGUGCAACUCAACUUCUGAUGCCUUUGCUUUACGAGAUAAUCAGAAAACUCGGUGCCACUUCAUUCUCAGCCUGGCGUAUUGCCUUCUUCAUCCCAGGUUGGAUGCAUAUCAUUACAGGGUUUCUUGUUUUGAUUCUUGGACAAGAUCAUCCUGAAGUUAAUAUCUGUACCGUACACAUGCAUGGAGGUGUUCCCAAAGAUAAGUUCUUCAAGAAUAGUUUAACAGGAACUAUCCCUUCUCGUCUCUUCAAACUGAAAUAUCUUCGUAAGAUAAAUGUGGGGGAGAACAAACUUCACGGUCUAGUGUCUCUUCCACCUCAAGGUAUAGAAGAGUUUGAUCUGUCAAAUAACAAGUUCAGUGGGGAAAUCUCAUUAGAAUUUGGAAAAAGACUAUCUCAGGCAACCACUGUCCAUUUAGGUGGUAAUGAACUUUCUGGUUCAAUUCCGUUUACUAUAUGUCCAACAGAACCAGGCUUAUUCACAUCUACUAGCUCUAUUGAUCUGUCUAACAACAAGCUUUCUGGGAGGAUACCUUCUAAUAUAGGGUACUGCGGAAGCCUGGAGACUCUCAAACUUGGCCACAACAAUCUCUCCGGAAAAGUUACGGAGGAGCUUAAAUUUAGCCGAAUACUUGAGUUUUCUGCAAUUAAACAACAACUAUCUCGAUGGCCUUCGUUUUUUUUCUUUAAGGCGAACAAGUUCAGUGGGUCAAUACCGGAAGAGAUUAUUCAUUUGCAAAAUCUCCAACUAUUAGAUUUAUCACUAAACAACUUCUCAGGCCGUAUUCCUAACAAUUUAGGGAACUUGAGUGGAGAUACUAGCGACUAUUUAUUGCCUGAGAGUUAUGGUGAUGUUCGGUUGGACAUCGCAACCAAAGGGAUAAUGAUAGAAAUUAAGAAAUUAACCGACUACAGUUCAAUGAUUGACCUAUCGAGCAUUAAUUUUGAUGGAGACAUUCCAAAAGAGAUUGGCUUGUUAAAAUUGCUUUUGUCGCUUAAUCUGUCCCAUAAUCAUUUCUCGGGUGCUAUCCCAGAAAGUAUUGCAGACUUGUUAGGGCUAGAUUCUCUGGAUUUGAGUUCUACUAAAUUGUCUGGGCAUAUCCCACAAGCUCUGACAACAAUCGAUUCUCUUGCUGUCCUAAACUUAUCUUCAAAUAACCUGAGUGGAAGGAUUCCUAGAGAACCUCAUUUUGAUACACUUAGUUUGGAUGGUUCUGCUUUUUCAGGGAAUGAGUUAUUGUGUGGAUAUCCUACCAAAUAA